AUGUCCAAAAGAAUCACCUUCAAUACAAAGGCGCAGGGAUUUGGUGGCUAUAUAUACCCAGAUCCAAGACAGACCAGUUUAAGAAAGGGGAAACAGUGGCCUUCAAAGUGGUGGAUACACAUAAAAUUCUCUGGGAUAAAUUCUUCGAACAGUUCAUUCAGGGAUCAGGAGAAGAAUUCCUUUUCUCGUCCUGCCCGGGACUUGUGUCUCACCACAGAUGCGUUAAGAAAGCACAUGAACGAAAUUUUUCGUUCUGCAGGACUGCAUCACAAGGGUUUAACCCCGCAUUCCCUACGGGGAGGGGCAGCGACUGCGGCAUUGAGGAGAGGCGUUAGCCAAGACGAUAUCAAGAAGAGUGGGCCGUUGGAAGUCUACUUCCUCGAUGCUCCAUUACAUAGAGCCGACACCGAUCUAGGUGUGCGGUUGGUCUCGGUGUUUGGAUCGUGGUCGACAUGGAGAAAAUCGAACGAUGGUCAAGUUCCCGACGCGGCAGUGGAAAUCUACCAGAUGACUAGAGAAGAUUUGGACGACUUACUGGAUCAGGCCAGAGAGGAAGCAUCCCGUCCGGUUCGGAGGCCCGCAUUCAAGAAGGCCGGGCUUAGGCAGUACGAGUUCAGCGCGGGAUUAGUUGCCUUCUUAGCACCGCUGGCGGAACUAGCGCCCAAAUCACUUAGGGUUAACCUCGGCCAGAUGUUUGGGCAGCUCAAUCAGCGGAAUGAGUUAUUGGUCAUCGCCGACAUGGAUCCGGAAAUGUUCGAGUUCUAUGAUCAGCAUAGUAGGGCAGAGACCCUACAGUCCUCAAACCCCAUUUUAGCGGCGUUCCUUCGAGAAAGGAAGAAGAAAGAAAGCAAGAAGCCAGCUCCUCGCUCAACAAUGUGGAGUAAGUUAUCUCAGAGAAGUUCUGUAUUGUUUUCUGUGAGUACCUAUCCUCAUAACAAUAUAUGUUUUGAUGUAUUUGUUCAGAAUCACGGUUCACGCCGCCGUCACAGGGCCGACAGCCCUUUCGGUUCGGAGGGGCGUCGUGGGCCCGCGCCUCUCCGGCCGCACAGCCCUCCUACCAAGAUCGCCAGGAGCGAAAUGCAGGAAGACUUCGGUCAAGGUAGGCCAGAUACGUGCUACAACUGUGUUCGCUUUGGUCACUUCGCUCAGGAUUGUCGAGCGCCCCAAAAACCCUGA